AGCGGGGCCGGGCGGGGUCGCGUUCCUGCCGGGAGGGAGCCUGGAGCAGAUCCCGGCCCGUGCCCGCCGUCAGAACCGCCUUCCCAUCCCACCGGCCCUGCUGGGAGGCGGUUGGUGGCGGGGCGGCGGGACGGGCAGGGCGGUGGGCAGUCGCACGGCUGUAGGCAUUCUAUAAUACUACUUAGAAGAGCACGUGGAAUAAACUAUUAAAAGAAGCAGUAGAGCAGCUUGACCUAUUACAGAACCAUGGUUCAACUAACAAUGGACCUAAUUGCUAAAAAUGCCAGUCACAAGAAUCGUAGUGAAGAGGACUUUGGACAAUAUCUGCAAAAAAUAACUCAUCUGAAUUUGUCAGAUAAAAAUAUCGAUUCAAUUGGUGACCUCUCUUUCUGUAAAAAUCUGAGAGUUCUGUAUUUAUAUGAUAACCAAAUCAACCAAAUCCAGAACUUGGACUUUGCUUCAAAUAUAACACACCUUUACCUUCAGAACAAUCGUAUUUCAAGUAUAGAAAAUCUCUCAUCACUGAAAAAACUUGAAAAACUAUAUUUGGGAGGCAACUGUAUCACUGUAGUUGAGGGUUUGGAUAAAGUAGGAGAACUAAGGGAGCUACACAUUGAAAGUCAACAUCUCCCUCUUGGUGAAAAGCUUCUGUUUGAUCCAGUAUCUCUUAACUCCCUGGCAAUCUUGGUCAAAUUUUUGAAGGGAGUUAGUUUUCCUGUAUCAACUGCUGAAAUGGAGAUUUUCCAACUAAUGAAAUCUUUGUCUGUAUUGAAUAUCAGCAAUAACAACAUUGAUGAAUUAGAAGAGCUGGCAGUUUUGGAAAAUCUUUCUUAUCUUAAAGCAGUCAACAAUCGACUUAAACAUAUGAAGGAUUUGGAGGUUGUAUUAAAAAAAUGGACAAAGCUACACAGAAUAGAUCUUACGGGAAACCCCAUCUGCCAAAAACCAAAGUACAGGGACAGGAUUAUAGUACAGUCACAGACUUUAGAAUCCCUCGAUGGGAAAGAAAUUCAAGAAAUGGAAAGACGUUUCUUAAUGAAUUGGAAAGCCUCCAGAGCUGCCAGGAAAAAAAGCAAUGAAAGAAUAAUAGAUGAACAUGCAGCCUAUGUACAGUUUUCUGACUCUGAAACACCUUAUCUCACUCUUCCUUUUCACGACAGUCACUCUGUGAAAAAAAAAGCAGAUUUUUUAGAUUUGUCUCACAAGCAGAAAGUUGCAAGAAAACCUCUGUCAGGAAUCCGUGAAAGAAGUAGUCAGAUGAAAACUCAGGUUGAGGAGGAAUCUGAAGUAACAGCAGAAGUAGUUUGAAUUCUAAAAGCCAGAAGUUACAGGAUGUGAAGAUUUGGCCAAUAUUGAUUUUUCUUUUUCCCCUCAAAGCUUACAAAGAAAGAUACUGGUGUCUCUUUGGA